AUGGCGAUAAUAAGCGAUAAAGACUGGUUAUACCUUGCUCUUAUUCUCAUCUCUUUUGUAGCCAUAGUUGGAAACGUCUUAGUUGUUGUCGCAGUCUGGAAGAAGCGUUCUUUACGUACAACUACUAACUUUCUUCUAGUAAACCUUGCCAUUUCAGAUAUUACAUCCCUUUUCUUUCUUCUGGUGCGGUGUGUCCAGUUUAUGGUCAGGCUAGAAAAAGGAGCUUUGGCAGAUUAUCUAUGUAAACUGUUGUUAUCAUAUAACAUUUCAGUGACAGCCACUUCCGGAGCUAUUGUCACUUUAACUGUUUUAGCAGUAGAAAGGUAUCAUGGUGUCGUAAGACCGUUACAUUCAGGAUCGCGAUGGACAGGCCGUACGCUCAGAAUAGCAUUGAUAAGUAUCUGGUUGAGCAGCUUCGUCGUCACCUCUCCCUUGUAUAUUAUGACUGGAUAUGACGAAAAAGAAUGUCGCCUUGUGUACAAUACCACAUCUGAAUCUUUCAUCAAUAUUUACAAAUUCUUCGGAAUUACCGUCUUUUGUUUUUUGUCCUUCGCAAUCAUCAGUUUCUGCUAUCUUAAAAUCGCUYACUCACUUUACUCGCAGAAUAAAGUAGCAGUACAGUCAAUGUCAGCAGCAUCUCAGAGAGCGAGACUCAAACGACAGAUCCACGUGGUCAAAAUGUCUGUAACAGUAACUGUGUUAUUCGCCAUCUUUUACUUCCCUAUAGCAAUCAUAGUUAUCAUUAAUAUUGCGACAGCCAACUCCUACGAGUAUUAUUCGUAYUACUACUUUGGGUUUUUCGCAGAGGCAGGUGUAAAUCCUUUUAUCUAUGCCUUCCAAAGCACUAACUUUCGUAACGCUUUCAAGGAUAUUUUGAAAUGUUUUCAUUGGUAGUCUCCUUCGCAGCCGUCAUCAGUUUCGGUCCCAGAUCCUCACGGAGAAGACUAUCUCAUUGGUGGAUUUAUUACCGCUGUGCGCCUCCUUUGGUAUCACUAGUCAUUAGUGCUCUAAACGUGAAGUACUAUCACGAGUAUUACACUUUUACUUGACGAACUG